AUGUCUCCAUCAAAAGAUUUAUCUCACGAAUUAACUACUAAGGGCUACGAAGUCGAAGCUCAAGGUUCUCAUAACUUGGCCCGUGGCUUCCCUCACCCACACCCUAUACCACAAUUUGGUAAAUCAAGAUCUGAAUUGUUACGCAAGAGAGAAUGGAUGAAACAACAUAUGGCUGGUGCUUUCCGUAUAUUUGGUCGUAAGGGUUUUUCAGAAGGUUCUGCUGGUCAUAUUUCCAUCAAAGACCCCGUAGAUCCCGCUACAUUUUGGAUCAACCCUUUGAACAGACACUUUUCUUUGAUCAAAGCCUCUGAUUUGGUUCAUAUUGACAAGAAUGGUAAUGUUCUCUCGGAUGGUAACCAAGCUGCAAUUAAUGCUGCUGGAUUUUCUAUCCACGCUGCCAUCCACAAGGCUCGUCCAGACAUCAUUUCUGCCGCCCAUACACACUCUAUUUAUGGAAAGGCUUACUCUGCGUUCGGCAAAGAGUUGGAAAUGAUUAACCAAGAUGUAUGUAUAUUUUAUCAAAGACACCUGGUCUUUGUCAACUUUGGUGGUGUUGCCAUUGAUGAACGUGAAGGUGAAGAGAUUGCUACUUGCUUAGGUCCAAACGGUAUCGGAUGUAUUUUGCAAAACCACGGUUUGUUGACUGUGGGUUCUACAGUUGAUGAAGCUGCCGCUUUAUUUCUCUUGAUGGAAUCUGCUUGUCACGCGCAACUUCUUGCGGAUGCCGUUCAAGGCAAGAAGAAACAAAUUAUAUCUCAUGAUGUUGCUGAGUAUACUUGUCAGAUGACUGGGGAUGCUGAAUCAUUGUACGCAGAAUUUCAACCAGAUUACGAGUACGAAAUGGAAGUUACUAACGGUGCAUUCUUGAAGUAG